AUGGUCUCCGUCACAUGUCUGGCUGUUCAGCCAUCUUUGGCUAUUUCUAAGUGCGAGCCCAUUAUCACUGAGCUCAAGGGAUGCGACUCUAUAUCCCCAGUUGAGAUGGUCAAGGCCAAAGGGGUUGAUCCACCAGGAAAUAUGUCCAAAUCAUCAGCUCGUCGAGAAUCGCAAACAUCGACUACUUCGAUCAGCCACUCUCGCUCGGCCUCGACAUCCCGCGGCACUGUGCGAUCGCGACCCAAUAGCCGUCGCAGCUCUUUCCAUUCCCCGCGUCGGGCUGUGCCCAACGCCGCUAUUGUGCCUGUCACAUCACCACGCAGUUCCACGCAGGACAAGCGUGAGUCAUUACUAGCACUACAUCGGGAGUCAUGUCGUCUGUUUCAAGAAGGUGCAUCAAACAGAUCCUCGACAGAGACAAGGCCUUCUCUGCACCGGACAGCAUCAGCUACAUAUAGAUCUCAGCGCGAGAGCCGCGCAUCAACAGAUAAAGGCAACUCGGCACCCUCGUCCCCAAUCACACCUUCAUAUUCUAGCUUCCGCUUUGAGAAAGAGUAUACUUCACCUACCUCGACGGGCGCAUCACACGGCGUCAAUUCAAGAAAUCGAUCAAACACAUUACCCACAUCCAACCACCAUCACAGCCCCUCGUCCUCGUCCAUUCAUGUCCCGGCGACAGUAAUGGAAUGGACCUCACCCGAUACCCGGAGGCGUGAGUACGAGAAAAUCGACCGCGCAAGCAGUGGUGUUCGCGGACUCUGGCGCCGCGUCGCGCCUCGCUGCUUCCUGCCCCGCGACUCGCGCACUCCGUUCUUCGAGGAAGGCAAACCUGAGCGCGAAGGCAGUGUGCGUCGGUUCCGUAUGGAUCUCCCUGAAGAUGAGGAGCCAGAAUCGGAUUCUCCUCGAGGAAAGUCGCAAAUCCAGCUCUUCGAUGUCCUGAGCAAGAUCUCGACCUCCAACUCGAAUUCAAAUUCUCCUGAUGGCGCUCGAAGACGCUGGAAAUGUCUUCGUUCGAAGUCUGCUCCUAUUCCUAAUUCCUGA